CACACAAUCAACGCUCGUGGGUUGAUAUCAAAAGCAAGCCGUCCGCCGCGAUUGCAACUUUUUUUGUGCAGAUUCAAUCGCAGGUUACCACGUAAUUCCACGCAACUUUGUUGAGUUGCUCGUACUGCGCUCAGUUCCCUCGAUCAUCUCUUGCUUGGCAGUCAGACCCUGGCCAUCGUCACAGCACGCGAUACCGCCCUCAGAUCUCGACAGCAGCACAAGCUCACCGCGUCCCAUGAUUGAGUGCUACCCGGGCUCUCGCGCUCAGACGAAUUCCUGCGAACGCACAGGACACAUCUUAUCGUGCUGAGCAUUUCGAGCAUCUCUGGGGUGCUCCACACUAAGAUGGCGUCAAAUACCACCCAGACUGUCACCACUGUCGCAACAGACCGCAAUCGUGCGCAACCUGUCACAAAUCCUCCGAAACGACGCCACACGUCCUGGCGUACCCAGUUCCCCGACGAGGAAGCAAUGGGUACUCCUACCGACCCGCACACCGCUCUGAUGCAGGGCCACGACCAUGAGCACGCUUCUGAGCGUUCACGACACCUCCUGGGCGAGAAAGCAGAAGAGACCGAAGAGGCCCAAGCGAGCAAGUCUAAGAAGAUUGAGAAGAUGAUCACGCCCUACCUCGCCCAACAUAUCCCCCAGCAGUACAACCCGCUUGGCGGCGCUGGCGGCGCAGGCGCCCCUCCUGGCAACAUCAACACCAAGUUCUGCUACCGCCACCGUCCUGACCUCCUGUGUCGACGACAGGCCGACGAGCCCUCCAUGGAGCAGUUGCAGCAGGAGCUUGGCAAAGAGUCACAGGCUGACCAGCAGAGCAUCGCCAAUGUCUGGUCACUGUUCUCCGCGGCCCCUUCUCGACACCGCAACCUUAUGCUUCAGGGCAUCUUGGCUCAGUGCUGCUUCCCUCAAUUGUCCUUCGUCUCCUCAUCUGUCCGCAAUCUCAUCAAGAUCGACUUCAUUGGCGCAUUGCCCCACGAACUUGGCUUCAAGAUCCUCUCCUACCUCGACACUACCUCACUCUGCAAAGCAGCUCAAGUGAGCCGCAAAUGGAGACAGCUCGCCGACGACGACGUGGUCUGGCACAAGAUGUGCGAGCAGCACAUUGACAGAAAGUGCACCAAGUGCGGCUGGGGACUGCCAUUGCUCGACCGCGCACGUCUACGACACGAGAAGAGGAGGAUCCAGCUGCGAGCUUCAGGACGAGGGAUCAACAAGUGGUCACCAAAUAUUACCCCCGUGCCUGAGGACUCAGAACCCCCUACAACCCUAGUGCACCGCACAUCAGCCUCUUCCGACACCACCACAGGCACCAAGCGCUCCGCUCCCGAGGACCCAUCCUCACCAAAGGCCUCGUCGAAGCGAUCAUGUACCGACGUCACACAUGGCGAAGCUCGUGACCAAUUGGCAUCAUACUUCGCUCAGCCCAAGAAGCGUCCGUGGAAGGAUGUCUACAAGGACCGCUUCAAGGUCGGCACCAAUUGGAAGUACGGACGCUGUUCUGUCAACAUCCUUAAGGGCCACACCAACGGCAUCAUGUCUCUCCAAUUCGAUGACCGCACCCUCAUUACAGGGUCCUACGAUGCCACCAUCAAGGUAUGGGAUAUCAAAACCGGAAAGGAAAUUCGAACCCUUACCGGACAUACUGCCGGUAUCCGCUGCUUACAGUUCGAUGACUCAAAGCUCAUUACUGGUAGCCUGGAUCGCACCAUCAAGGUAUGGAACUGGAGGACUGGCGAACUGAUUAGAACACUGGGAGGUCACACCGACGGCGUCAUUGGCCUCCACAUGGCAGAAAAGUUGCUUGCGUCAGGAUCGUCAGACCACACCAUCAUGGUGCACGACUUCAACAACUACCAACGUGUCACACUACGAGGACACACAGACUGGGUCAACUCAGUUAAGAUUGACCUUGCCUCACGCACACUGUUCUCAGCAUCCGAUGACAUGACCGUCAAGCUGUGGGAUCUCGACACUCAUCAGUGCAUCAAGACGUAUGAGGGUCACGUCGGUCAGGUACAACAAGUCUUGCCCUUGCCACAUGACUUUGAGAUUGACGAGGACGACUUUAACGCCACCGCCAAUACCGACGUCUCUGACACUGCCUCCCAACCCCCCUCCGACAAUGAGGCAGCCCUGCCAUCGUUCUCUGCUAUACAAGAGGAGUCGGUCUUCCCCGACGACCCAUCACGACUCAGCCCACCCUCCUACAUGCUCACCGGCUCUCUCGACGGCACUAUUCGUCUUUGGCACGUACCCUCGGGUCGAUGCGUCCACCGCUUCUUCGGCCACGUGGAGGGUAUCUGGUCGCUUGCCGCCGACUCUUUACGUGUUGUAAGCGGAGCAGAAGACAAAACAAUCAAGAUCUGGGACCCACGUACUGGCAAGCACGAGAGGACCUUGGUCGGUCACACCGGUCCCGUGACUUGCAUCGGCCUCAGCGACGAGCGAGUCGUCAGCGGUGGUGAGGACGGCACUGUGCGAAUCCACUGUUUUACAAGCGUCUGAGCGAUCUUCAUUGUCGAUCUCUUUAAUGGCUCAUGCCACAGAAAACUUUAGCAUGGCGUCUCUCAUCCAUGGGUUGACAUUUACUGUAUUUUGAAGAGGGCGGCGUCCCAAAAGCAACAAAAUGUUGGCUCUUCAUUUGGCGUUCAUCUUGUAUAUAUGUAAUCCGUUCUGGCUUCAUCUGCUUCUAGCUAGAUACCCUCUUGCAAUCGAUCUGAACACUUUCAAUGGCCUUCUUCUUCUCCUUCCUGUUCUGUUUGUCUUUUGCAUCUCUAUCUUAUCAGCAUCCAUGCAAGACCCCUAUCACCACGCAUAAGGCGUGCUUGCAGUGUCGCGUGGUGCGAGAAGUACGGAC